CGACGACAUGUUCGUUUUACAGCUCUGUAACCGGGGUCGUUUGCUGGGAUAAGUGGCUCUCUGAAUCGUAAACUCUUUGGAUUAAAACACGGUUACUGCACUUAACAGGAAAAAGAGCAGCAUUCAGUUACCUGCCUCACAGACCGUCUGUUUCUCCCCUCCUUUUUCUGCAUUUCUCCUAUGUCAUCAUUUUUGGCCUGAAUGCUGCAGGCAUUGCCCCAGAUUAGCAGAGCAGUUGUGAGGAUUCGUCGAGUUGGAGCUCAAAUCAUCCCAAUGGCACAGAACUGCAAUGCCUACUCCACAGAGAAGGGUGGCGCUGUCACAGCAGCUAUUCUUAUAAUAGGAGAUGAGAUUCUCAAGGGUCACACCGUCGACACUAACAGUGCUUUCCUGUGCCGUGGGCUUCGCAAACUUGGCGUCACCGUACAACGCAUCACUGUUGUACCUGACAUCCAGGAGGUCAUCGCUAAAGAAGUGUCUCUUCUGUCUUCCUCCGUUACGCACCUCAUCACAUCAGGUGGCAUCGGCCCCACCCACGAUGAUGUCACUUUCGAGAGCGUUGCCAAGGCAUUUGGCGAAGGCAUUCAUGCCCACCCAAAACUGACAAAGCUUGUGGAGGAGUUCUUUGGUGUGGUGGAUCCCAACAGUGCUACCAUGAAGCUUGCCAUGGUCCCCGUUUCUGCAAAACUCAACUUUGGCACAGAUCCUCAGACAGGCCGGCGCAAUCGCUAUCCUCUAGUCAGUGUCCACAACGUGUACAUGUUCCCCGGCAUCCCCUCUCUGAUGGAACGGACCUUUAACGGACUUACCCAUUUGUUUUCAGGUUCGGGAACCACCUUUCACACCCGUGAGGUGUUUGUGAACGCGGAUGAGACAGAGAUUGCCCCGGUUCUGACAAAACUGCAAGCGGGUUGGGGCAAGCGCGUGUCUCUGGGCUCUUACCCAGACUGGCUGAGUAAUUAUCAUCGUGUCCGAUUGGUCCUGGACUCGGAAAGCGCGGAUGAGGUGGAACAGGCACGGGCUCAACUCCUAGAGGAGCUACCAGAAGGAAGUGUGAUUCUACUCGUCACUGACCCGGUGUCAGUCGCCACUGAAGAGGUUUACUCACUCUCGAACAGCGGUUCACUGCUGGGGCAGAAAGUAGCAUCAGCAUUGAGGACCAUUGAGACUGCACUGGAUCAGUAUUCAACUAAUGAGGUCUGUGUGGGAUUCAAAGGUGGCAAGGACUGCACAGCUCUACUGCAUUUAUAUUAUGCUGCUCUCAAACGGCGAUUUCCAGAUGGUAAAGACAAAGUCAAAGCUCUGUAUAUUCGAAUCGUCUCCUCUUUUCCAGAAAUGGAGAGAUUCUUGCAGGAUACCACAAAGAGAUAUGAUCUGGAGCUGAUCUCAGUGGAGGGCAGUAUUCGGCAGGCGCUCAGUGAGGUUCAGGAGAGGAGACCAGAGUUACGGGCGGUUCUGAUGGGAACGAGGCAGUCUGACCCUUACUCGCACACACUGACACCCCUGUGUCCCACAGACCCAGGCUGGCCCGAUUACAUGAGGGUCAACCCACUGCUGGACUGGACAUAUCAUGACAUCUGGUCAUUCCUGAGAACACUGUAUGUGCCCUACUGUAUUCUAUAUGACAAAGGGUACACGUCUCUGGGCAGUAUGGAUAACACUUGCAGGAAUCCUUCUCUGAAAGCGAUGGACGGGAGGGGUGUGACCCGCUACAGACCUGCCUACCUGCUGGAAAAUGAAGAGGAAGAACGCAACUCAAGGGCAUGAUGUCAUCCGUGGCUUCUCUAAUCACUGUUUUAGAGGAAGCACAAUGAAGUGUCAGAACAUUUUAAAGAGGAAACAGAAUCUAAAGGACCCAUCAUAAGGUCUAACGUGUGCAUUGUAUGUUUGAAUGUUUAUUUGACUUUGAAGUUAAUUGAAAGUCAUUGUAUGACGUAUUUAAAGAUUUAAAUAAAAAAAGUAAAAUGGG